AUGCCACCAGUUCCUCCAACGCCAGUGCCAUCAUGGAAUCCGCGCAUCGUCUGCUAUUUCCAGACAUACCACCACAAUGACGAAUAUGUGUCCCUCCUUCCUUUGAUCACGCAUGCUUCAGGAGCGACACACGUCAUAUUGGCCGCCAUUCACGUGAACUGGGAUCCAAACAAUCUGACCUUGAACGAUGAUCCCCCAGAACACGAAAAGUACACGCAGCUAUGGGACGAAGUCCUUGUGCUUCAGGACUCCGGGAUCAAAGUCCUUGGUAUGCUGGGCGGCGCGGCCAAAGGCUCAUUCGCCAGACUAGACUACAGUGAAUCGCGGACCGAUGUGCCUCUUGCUCGCUUUGAAGCUUAUUACAGUCCCUUGCGAGACAUGAUCCGGAGGUACAGCCUCGAUGGCCUGGACCUGGACGUAGAGGAGGAGACGUCUCUUGUGGGCAUCGUCCACCUCAUUGAUCGCCUCAAAGCAGACUUUGGGAAUGAUUUCAUCAUCACGCUCGCCCCUGUGGCCACUGCCUUGAUGGCUGGCCGGCCGCAUCUGUCGGGCUUCGACUACCGUCUUCUAGAAACCGCGAGGGGCAGUAGCAUCGCCUGGUACAAUGCACAAUUCUACAAUGGUUGGGGCGGACUACACAACACGGACGCCUACGACGAGAUCAUCCGCAAUGGUUGGCCUGCUCAUAAAGUCGUAGCAGGCAUGCUUACACAUCCAAAGCACGGUGGCAGUGGGUACAUCCCACUGGAACUCACAGCGGCGGUUUUGAGUCUCCUGGUCGAAAAGUAUCCACAGCUUGGCGGUGUGAUGGGCUGGGAGUACUGGGAUGCUUUGCCGCAGGAGGAGCACUGCUGGAUGUGGCCCUUCUGCAUGACUCUUUGCCUGGGCAUGAAGAAGCUUAGAGAUGCGGCACUGAUUGUGCGGUUGGGAAGAAGCUUGGCAAAUGUCAACGUACGGUAG